AUGUUCAAAAGGUUUCGUUCGAGUCGAUCGCACAAGCAUGCAACGCAAGCAGAGGGAAAAGGCCCCGCAGCCUUGGUGAACGAUGAUGGCAGAGCUCCUGCCUUGGGUGGUAGAUCUCAUAGCAGAUCCCGUGGUCUGUUUCCGGGAAGUCACGCCUCGAGUCGCCGUCCGAGUCCUUCUCCGCAACCAAAAGCCACGACGCUGGGUCUCCAUGUCAUCCAUCGACCCGCCGCUGCUGCUCCAGUCGACAUUAUAUUCGUUCAUGGUCUUGGAGGCGACAGCAGGAAGACGUGGUCGAGGAACCAUGACCCGAAUUUCUUCUGGCCUGAACUCUGGCUGCCUCUUGAUCCCGACAUAGGAAAGUGUCGGAUCUUGACCUUCGGAUACAAUGCCAGUUUUGGCGUUGGUGCGUCGAGGAGCACCAACAAUAUUACUGAUUUCGCCAAGGAACUGUUGUACGAAAUGGGGUUUGGUAGGGAUGACCGAGGAGAAGACCUCGGAAUUGGGAAAGCUCCCAUCGUCUUCGUUGCUCAUUCCAUGGGUGGCCUAGUGGUCAAAAAGGCAUAUCUUCAGGGUCAGAACGAUCAGAGAUAUCAAAGCAUCGUCCAUGCAAUAUCUGGCAUCGUCUUCCUUGCUACUCCUCAUCGUGGAACAGACUUAGCGACGAUCCUGAACAGGGUGCUUAUGGCAACGUUUCAGUCACCCAAAAGCUUUAUUGACGACCUCAAGAGAAGCUCGCCGAUCCUGGAAGAGGUGAACGACCAAUUUCGCCACGUCGCACCCAGACUAUCGAUUGUGUCAUUUUAUGAAACCCUUGCGACUCGCGUCGGUCUGACGAAUCUAAUGAUUCUUACCAAGGACACGGCGACAUUAGGAUAUCCACAGGAAGUCUCGAGGAAUCUCAACGCAAACCACCAUGAUGUGUGCAAAUAUUCUGGUCCUGAUGAUCCAAAUUAUAUUGCCGUGCUCAAUAUGAUGAAGUCUCUUGUUGCUCAGUUUCGACUGAAAAGGGUGGACAUUGUGAACGAGCUGACGCCCGACGAUGCGACCGCAGUUGAGGAACUUUUGGCAAUGCCUUUUGACCCGGAAGAGGAUUUCAACUUUUUUCGACAUCGAUGGACGCCAGGUACCUGUGGCUGGAUCCUCCAAGAGCCUAUUAUGCAAGAUUGGCUGGACGAAUCCCGAAGGUCGCACAUUGUCUGGUUUAGUGCACCUCCUGCCAGCGGCAAGUCCAUCCUGUCCUCGUAUAUUAUUCAUCACCUUCGCGAAUUAGGCGUCUCAUGCCAAUACUUCUUCUUCCGCUUCGGGGACCAGAGGAAACGGUCCACAAGUAGUCUCUUGAGAUCAAUUGCGAGCCAGUUGGCAAAAGCCAACCCAGACUUUAGGCGAAGUUUGAUUGACCUUUGGAAGGCAGGACUUAGGCUCGAGAAGGCCGACGUUACCCUCAUAUGGCAGAAAUUAUACGAGUCCGUCCUGUUUAAGAUGCAGCUUUCGCAUCCUCUCUACUGGGUUAUUGACGCUUUGGAUGAAUCAGAAUCACCAAAGCCGCUACUUGGUCUGUUUCGCUGUCUGGAAGGAUCGUCCCCGACGGUGCGUCUACUUCUCACCAGCCGAAAAACAGAGGUUUUGACUCGUGCGUUUGAUCAACUCUCUCGCGUUGUUGCGGUGAAUUCGAUCGAAAAGGGCAUUCUGAACAACAGUUCAAAUGACAUCCGCGCAUUCGUGGAACAAGAAAUCACAGAGAUGCGUGGCAGUGAGAAGCUGAAACGAAAAGUUGCUCAGAAAAUUAUGAACCGUGCAGAUGGAAACUUUUUAUGGGUUCGACUUGUUCUGGAGGAAAUUCUCCACUGUCACACAGAGGAAGCCAUCGAGGAGACUCUGGAUGCAAUCCCAAGUAACAUGAACAGAUUUUACGAGCGCAUGGAAUUGGCUAUAUUGAAUAGUGGCAGAAAGAGCGACCAGCUUCUGGCAAAGGAGUUUCUUCUGUGGACAAUCUGCGCACGUCGUGCAUUGACGAUAAAAGAGCUUGCUCAAGCACUAAAGCCUAAAUUCCCAGAAUUUCUCGAUCUUAGAAGAACAAUCCAUGAGGUUUGUGGGCAGUUCGUCGUGGUUGACCAAACAGGGCAAAUCGGAAUGGUGCAUCAGACUGCCCGUGAUUAUCUGAUAAAAAUAUCCAAAUCCGAGGUCUCGAUAGACCCGAUCAAGGCUCACAAGAGGCUUUUUAUGAGCGCUAUUUCAGCCCUGCUGGACCCGGGACUGCGUAUGAAAGUUACACAAGGACAAUCUGCACUCCGAACAACGGAGCCAUUCUUGCUUUACGCUGCCACUUCGUGGGCGUAUCACCUCCAGCAUACUGACGCAACCUCGAACAGUGUUUUUGAUAUGCUCCUUCAAUUUUUCAGAGGCCCCUCCGUGCUUGUAUGGAUCCACUUACUAGCGCUUGUCCAUCAACUAGAAACGUUGGUGAAAGCGGCCAGAGCACUUUCAUCUUUUGUGAACGCAAACCGCAAAAUGAAUGUCACCAAGAAUCCCAUGCUUCAUAGACUUUCGGAUCUGGAAUUCCUUGAUCAGUGGAUUAUCGAUCUCGUCAAAGUGGUUGGCAAAUUUAGCAGGCACCUGCUAUCCAACCCAGAAGCACUCUACAAGCUUGUGCCCCCGUUUUGUCCGGAGAAGUCGAUUCUCCACCGGCAAUUCCACGAGGUCGGAUCAGCAGAGGUGUUUGUUUCUGGAAUUUCGAAUGAGGACUGGCACGAUAACUUGGUCAGGAUCACUCUCCCGAAUGGCGAUCAAGGCUGGAAAAUUGAAUGCGCAGGCCAGUAUGUGGCCGUCCUGGGUUCAUCUGGGACCGUGUAUAUCUGGCGAUCUGACAACUUCUCCGAUGCGUGCACCUUGUGCCAUCAUGAAGCAGUAACAGCGAUGUGCUUCAACAAAGGUGGCAGUAAACUUAUUACCUACGGCUUGCGGAGUACCAAGCUUUGGUCGAUUCCUUCAGGACAGCUGUUGUCUUGCACAUCCAAUCCAGUUGGCAGCAGAGCUAUGACGAUUACAUUCUCAGAGAACGACAAAAAGGUCUUGAUCGGAUCGAAUGAUCGGGUGAUAAGAUAUCUUCUCGUUGAUGAUUUCGACGCAGGAUGGUAUGUUCUAAAUCCGAAUUUACUCCGUGAAACCGCCCAGAUUGAAGGCGCGUUCGUGAAUUCCCCCGUCUGUAUUGCUUUCAAUGGAGACGCAUCUCAAGUUGGUGUUUCCUAUCGGGGAUACCCUCUUUCAGUCUGGGCAUUAAACGAGGCACGAUGCAUUGGCCGAUGCAGGAGAGUCAAAGGGCCACGAAUCGAUGGCGUCAACGCUUCGUCUGGCUGGUUUGCGGUCGAUCGGUUCACUUGGAAUCCCAUUUCUGGGCAUAUCAUCGGUCUUUACAAGGACGGCAAUAUAUUCAAGUGGCAUCCAGUAACAGACGAGACUCAAGAGGUCCAGUCGGUUGCCGAUGAAAUCGCAGCCAGCUCUGAUGGCAAGCUCUUCGUUACUAGCAGUAGCAACGGAACUGUCAGAGUCUGGAACUUUGCUUAUUUUAGCGUCAUUUAUCAGCUCUCUUCCUCUGAUCUGGUGACCGAGUUAGCAUUCAGUCCUGACUGUCGGCGAUUCUACGACCUGCGAGGCCGUUCCGUCAACGCCUGGGAGUCCAACAGCCUCAUUCGCUUCUCCGAGUCCGACGAAGCAUUCAGUGACACAUCUAGUGAAGACCAAACGUUACACUCGGUAUCGCAAGCCUCAGAAGCAUACCUGACGCAAUAUGAAGCCGUUUCGGUGCUGGCUAUCGCACCUAGCAGCUCACUGUAUUGUGUCGGCAACGAGGAAGGUACAGUGGAUCUGUUCGAUGCUCGUGCAGGAAAGGUCACUGAGCUUGCAAGUUUCAUGAAUAUGCUCAGUGUAAGCCACCUUGUUUGGAGCGAGGAUGCCAAGAACAUUGCUUGUGCCGAUCUUGGGGGAGACAUUAUUGUCAAACGCUUGGUCAGUGAAGCUGGCACUCUGAGAAGUUCUACAAAAAUAGAAUCCAUGCCCAGCCCCAAGAUCGCCCUGGAAGGACGCAGUAUACACCAGCUGCUCUUCAGUCAGGACGCAAGAUUGCUGCUGAUCAUUACUGAUGACCAUGGGUAUGUCUGGGCAAUUUAUGAAGGCGUGUUGAGAGUUUCUACGUCGCUCAAAAAUGGAGCGUCUCGCAGAUGGCUCCCGCAUCCCUUACAGAAGCAUCUCUUUCUGGGGUUUGGGGCACAUGACGUGAAGGUUUAUCAGUGGCGUGACUUUGUAGAGCAGCCCAGCCUUCGUUACCAAGUCGAUGGCCUAGACAGAUCUAGGUUGUCUGCAGAAGGCAAUUCAGUUCCUGAUUUGGCAACACUGUCAAUCAACCGCACCAGCGAGAAUGGAUCAGCUUCGCUGGUUAAUAGGGCGAUGGCAACACAGGACGGCCGACACGUACUCAUUCAGAUCAAAGACGGCGGCUCGGGAAAGGGACAACUGACGAAACGCUUACUGAUCCUCGACAACUCGACGCCGGAUUCUGCGACCGCAGAGAAGUCGACAGGACUACUAACGUUCCGUCAGAUUCCGCCAGAUAUCGUGGCACGAGUCGAAAUUCCCCUUGGCAUCCUAGCGGGAUCAAGACUUGUUUUCUUGGACCAAGACCUAUUUGGGAUAUUUACGGAGAUUGUUAGAGAACUAUCUACCAUCUCACCAAUCCCUCAAGUCGGUGAACGCAUGCACAUACAUGGUACUUCCACCACCUUGUUGGAAGGAUCCGGGCUUGCCAAGCUCAUGGCAGCAUCGCAUACUAAAACGACACUAUCGAUCGAUCGAUCGAUCGAGAUCGGUAUCCUUGCAGGCCAGAUAUCCCUGGUCAACCUGAAGAAUGCUAUUAUCGGAGCCGCCCUUGGCGAUCUAAACUCUGACUCUGACUGUCAAUGCUUAAUGCCGUAA